GUCGCGAAAGGAGAGAACAGAGAGAAACGACAGCUCGCGAGAAUCAAAGGGGUAAAUCGCACCCUCAUGGAUAUGGCGCAGUCCUGCUGGAAGACCGAACCGUCGCACGCACAGGUUGCGAGCAACCCUUUGUUCACCAUCAUGGGGCAAAUGCUGCCCUCAGAGCCCCUGGACUUUUCGUCGAUGGCCCCUUCGUCGCCAGUGCUGGACCUGCGCGUGGCCAACAAGGCCCAUCCUGCCCCGUCGCCCCCACCCUCGUCCGAGGGUAGCGCCUCCCCCAUUCCGUGGGGUCGAGACAGCCCCCAAGAAGGAACCCCGCUUUCGAAUUUGCUCAAGAGGAAGGCGCCCUCUGCCACAAGGCCCUUUAAGGCGUAUCCCAGAUAUCCCGCGGCCCUGCCAGUCGGCCUGCUCGGCGGGGAAGUGGAGCAGCUGCUGAACCACGAGUCGCAGCAGGCGUACGAGUCCUUCCGCUCUGACAUGCUCUCCAAGAUGAAAGGCGAAAAGGGCCGUCGGCUGAGCCGGUCCGAAGAGGUGCACAGUCCGCAGCACCCGUCGUCCUCGGCGGUGUCGCCCGAGGGAGACUUGGCGGGCAAGGACGCAGCGUACUGGGAGCGCCGGCGGAAGAACAACGAGGCGGCCAAGAGGUCCCGCGACAACCGACGCAACAAGGAGGACGAACUGGCUAUCAGGGCCACCUUCCUCGAGAGGGAGAAUUUGAUCCUGAAGAGCCGACUGGCGCUCGCCCAGGCCGGCAUCUGCGCCAGCUGCAUGUCCAGGAAACAAACCUCCCCAGCGUAACCAGACAUUCCUUGUCACUCACUUAAUUGUAAAUACCGAUUCGAAAUGCACCCCAGUCAUUUGCAUUGUCAGUUUUGUACAAAUUUGUGAUUUUAACUGAGCUUUUCGUUUGUGAAAAUAUUGUGCAGAUUUCAAUAAUCACUAAUUUUAAAAAUACGCUUUAGUUUUAAUAAAAUUUCUGUCACUCUGUGACUGGAAAAACUAUUGAAAAUCAAAAUUUGCUUGUUUAUCUAUUUUAAAAUUGUUUCAAUUUGCUAUUUACAUUUUAUUUACCAAGUAAGGCAAAUGCAUAAGUCCGUCUCUUAUUUGUUGAGUUAUGUAAAUACCUAUUACAGCGAUAUGGCAGGUAUAAUGUAGUGCAAAUUCAGAUCAUCUUGGGUAAGAAUCACAUGGAGCAGUUUUUCAUUCACAACACC